CUUUCGUCAGUCAUGGCCAUCUGGGGUCUUUGGGUCAUCAAUAAGGCUGGGGGUCUAGUUUACCAGCGCAACUUAGGAGAUGGCCUGCCUCACUUGACCUCAAACGAGUACCUCGUAUUGGCGGGCACACUGCACGGUAUUCAUGCCAUUACCGCGCGACUAUCUCCAACAGGGACAAGCUCUGGAGCCAAUGUCAUCUCCGGCGAGACGUUCAAAUUGACCAUUCUCUUGACAGCCACAGGGACGAAGUUUGUUCUCCUCACUUCGCUUGCUGAGAAUACGGCGGACACGGUGCUUUCGAAAGUAUACGAAGCUUACUCAGACGCGGUCAUGAAGAAUCCCUUCCACACACCAGAAAUGCCAAUCCGUACGGAGGGCUUCGAUUCGCGGAUCACUGCGAUCAUGAGCGGAUGAACUACAUUCGCAUUGUACUUAUAUACUUAACUCACUAUACAGGCAGAUCAGGAAUAUGUUGUACUGUUCUUUCGCUGUGACGCGCCCCAUGAAGUGAUCUUUGGCCAUGGUACUUUAGCACGCAUUUGAGUAGGUGCAUUUCUGCACGUACGUAUCCAGCCACUUGCGCAGGGGGAGGGGG